UUCACGCUAUCACUCUCUCUCUUGUAACAAAACAGAACUUAAGAAUGAAGAUCUCUUUGAGUUGUGUUUUUUUGAGGUGCGACCCAUUUAUGAAUUCUUUUUUUCUGACCAAAAAAUGCAUAUGAUUGGUCGCUCGCAUUUCCAGGGCACCCACAGAUCCGAAAAUCUCUCUCUCUCUCUCCCUGGAAUGCACAACGCCAUUUUCAAAGCCCGGUUUUAUUUUUUGGAAAACAAAUUCUUUUGGAUGUUCUCUUCUGUUCUGCUUUGAUAUCGAACGUUGGAUCUGAAUUAAAUCGAUUGGUUUGGCCAAUUGUUUGUAGAAACUUGCCGGAAACCCUCGCCCAACCAGAGUUCAUGCUUCAAAUUUGAACAUUUUGAUUCAAUUUCUGGUCUAAUCUCUACUUUCUUGGCGUUUGAUGUACCCCAAAAUUCCUUUUUGUCGGUGAUGCAAUGAUUGUAUUCUGGAUUUCUGUCAACAUGGGUUGGUUUUGAUUAAAUUCUUUGGAUUUGGGGAUCAGGGUUCUUUGCAGAUUCAUUUUUUUGUUAACACCCUCUUGGUAUAUCUGAUUUUGGAUUAGGGGUAUCUCCAUUGAAUGGUGCAUUUUGAAUUUGAAGCUUGAAAAUCUUUAAAUUGCGACCCAUUUAUGAAGUUGAGUUUUGAGGUUCAAUCAGUUUGAUGAUUUAAUGCCCCAAGAAUUUGAACAACUCAAAUUGGGUUUAGCUAUCUGAAUUCAGAGGGAAUUACACAGUUUCCUGUUUAGAGACAGGGGACUGUGAAAUUGCAUAUUAUGGGUUGCAUUUGUUCGAAAGGAAUUUCUGGAAAGAGUCAUGUUAAAAGGAAAAGUUCAAAAAAAUCAGCAAAACGUGCAAUUGCUUCCUCAAGAAAAGAGGAAGUUGUAGUGGAGGUUGACGGUGGUGCCAAUGAUGCAACCACCAGGCUUAUAUCAAUGGAGCCCAUUGAAAAGAGUGCAGGCUCCACUCCCCCGGAGGCCCGGAUUGAGGGGGAAAAGAAGGCUGUGGUUGUGGAGAAAACCGCAGCAUCUCAGAUUCAAAGAAGUGCAACAAUGGAUAUUGGGAUGAGUGGAGGACAACCCCAGGUGUCUAGGGUGUUUAGUAUUCGCAAUGGGGUUGAUGGGGCACAAGUAGUUGCUGGUUGGCCAUCUUGGUUGACUGCAGUAGCAGGGGAAGCUAUCAAAGGUUGGGUGCCCCGAAAGGCAGAUUCGUUUGAGAAGUUGGACAAGAUUGGACAAGGGACUUACAGUAGUGUCUACAGAGCACGCGACCUUGAAACUGGAAAAAUAGUUGCACUGAAGAAAGUGCGCUUUGCUAACAUGGAUCCAGAAAGUGUUCGUUUUAUGGCAAGGGAAAUCCUUAUUCUGCGUCGGCUGGAUCACCCAAAUGUCAUGAAGCUUGAAGGUCUCGUCACUUCAAGGGUUUCGGGCAAUUUAUACCUUGUAUUUGAGUACAUGGAGCAUGAUCUUGCUGGGCUUGCAGCAUCACCGUCGAUUAAGUUUACUGAAUCACAGAUCAAAUGUUACAUGCAGCAGCUGCUACGUGGACUUGAACACUGUCAUAGUUGUGGGGUCCUGCACCGUGACAUCAAGGGCUCAAACCUUCUGAUUGACAACUACGGAAAUCUCAAGAUUGGUGAUUUUGGCCUGGCAACAUUUUUCCGGACAAAUCAAAAGCAGCCUCUAACAAGUCGCGUAGUUACCUUGUGGUAUCGACCUCCCGAGCUUUUGCUUGGCGCUACAGAUUAUGGAGUAGCUGUUGAUCUGUGGAGUGCUGGUUGCAUUCUUGCAGAAUUAUAUGCGGGGAAGCCUAUCAUGCCUGGAAGGACAGAGGUGGAACAACUGCAUAAAAUUUUCAAACUUUGUGGUUCACCAUCUGAAGAGUACUGGAAAAAAUCAAAAUUGCCACAUGCGACUAUUUUCAAACCUCAACAACCUUACAAACGCUGUGUUCUAGAAACAUUCAAGGGCUUCCCUUCUUCGGCUUUAGCACUUUUGGAUGUCCUCCUUGCAGUUGAACCAGAUAACCGGGGAUCAACUACUUCUGCACUUCAAAGUGAGUUCUUCACGACAAAGCCUCUUCCCUGUGACCCCUCGAGCUUGCCCAAGUACCCACCAAGCAAGGAAUUUGAUGCCAAGCUUCGAGAUGAGGAAGCAAGAAGGCAAAGAGCAGCAGGCGGUAAAGGAGGGGGACUUGACUCUUAUAGAAAGGGUUCCAAAGAAUCCAAAGCUGGGCCAGCACCUGAUGCUAAUGCUGAGUUGCAGGUGUCAAUACAGAAGUGGCAAGGGAAAUCAAAUCCUAAAAGCAGCAGUGAAAAAUACAAUCCUGAAGAAGAUGGUGGUUCUGGCUUCCCUAUUGAACCUUCCAGAGGAUCAUUACAAAAUGGUUUCCUCUAUGGCCAAUCGAUGCAAUCUGCUGCAUUUGGAGCUUCUCUCAGUGUGAAUGAAGCUGGGGGGCCAAUGGAUUCUCAACGAGCAUUUGAUUAUUCAAGAAAUAGUGCAGAGUUGAGGACCCAGAGAUCUUAUAAAUCUCAGGGAGCAGCAGCCCAAUUGUCCAGGUUUUCAAGUUCAGUGGCAGCUCAUGACAGUUCACGGUUUGACCAUAGCAGAGAACCAAGUGUCCAUUCACAUUGGCCAGGGGCACGAUACCAGCUAAGUGAUGCCGAGUCCUCCCAUCAGUUGCUUGGUAGACCAAAUUCUUCUUAUAAGAAGGAUGAGCAGGCACCUGGCAAGGAGUGGACUAUGGGGUAUCCUCCAAAGAAGAAUCGAAUCCACUACUCUGGACCAUUGCUUCCUUCUGGUGGUAACAUCGAUGAAAUGCUUAAAGAGCAUGAGAGGAAAAUCCAGUAUGCUGUCCGCAAAGCCCGUCUUGACAAGACCAAGACCAAAAAGGCCUGUACUGACAAUGGACAACGAGAAUCGCUACUGCACUAUGGGGGAAAUGGCAGGUGAUCUUUGAGUGAAAAACAUGCCGCUUUCAGGUGGCACGAUUUUCAUCAAUGAUUUCCACCAGGGUGUAGUCAAAUUUUAUCACCAUGGGAAACAUUUGGUGUUCUAUGGACCUUCUGUGGCUUUCGUGCAGAUCUCUCUACUAACUGUCUGAUAUAUGCUGUGAAGCUCCCGCUUCAGAAAGUAUUAGGGAAUGGAGAAAAUAUGGAUGGUUGAGAAGCAAAUGAAAUCCAUGGCCAUUCACUAUAGAAUUCAUGGUGGUGGUCUCUGUAUGCUUACUGGAGAUAAUUCUUGUACAGUUUUACUCACUCAAUUUUAUCUCAUUCAAUAUAAAGCCAAGAGAUUCUGAUGAAUUUAUAGGAAUUCCAAACCUCAG